GGAAUUUCUCUUUCUCUUUCUCUCUCUUUCUCUUUCUCUCUCUCUCUUUCUUUCUCUUUCUCUCUCCUCCUUUCUUCUUCUUCUUCUUCUUCUUCUUCCAUAUUCCAUUGUUUGUCUUCUUCUUCUUCAAUUCUUCUGUCUUACACAGGCCCGUAAUUAAUUAAAUAAGCCAACCUCCCUACUCCUAUCUCAUUAAUUGCAGGAGCUAUGAUGGAGACUAUGGAAUCCUGCGUCCCACCCGGUUUUCGAUUUCACCCAACCGAUGAGGAACUUGUUGGGUAUUAUCUGAAGAAGAAGGUUGCAUCACAGAAGAUAGAUCUUGACGUUAUCAGAGAAAUCGAUCUCUACCGGAUCGAACCAUGGGAUCUCCAAGAUAGGUGUCGGAUCGGAUACGAGGAGCAGAGUGAGUGGUAUUUCUUCAGCCACAAGGAUAAGAAGUAUCCAACCGGGACAAGGACAAACAGAGCCACAGUAGCUGGGUUCUGGAAGGCAACUGGUCGAGACAAGGCAGUGUACGAUAAGGCUAAGCUCAUUGGCAUGAGGAAAACCCUCGUGUUCUACAAAGGAAGAGCCCCUAAUGGGCAGAAAACUGACUGGAUCAUGCAUGAAUAUCGACUGGAAUCCGAAGAGAAUGGACCUCCCCAGGAAGAAGGAUGGGUAGUUUGCCGAGCAUUCAAGAAGAGAACCAACGCCCAAACCAAGAGCACCGAAGCAUGGGAUUCGAGCUACUUCUAUGAUGAACCGAGUGGUGUAAGCUCGGUGGUGGAUCCGAUCGACUACAUCUCGAGGCCACCCAGCCAGAACUUUCUGGCCAACAGUUUCCUGUGCAAGCAAGAGAUUGAAGCAGAUAACAUAAACUACGUGCAGUCUGAUCAUUUUGUGCAGCUUCCUCAGCUGGAGAGCCCCUCUCUGCCAUUGAUAAAGAGGCCAAGCUCAUCGGUGUCGCUGAUAUCCGAAAACAAUAACAAUGAAGAAGUAGUAGAGCAGAUCAAUAAUAACAACAAUAAUAAUAAUAAUAGAGGUGGGUGCCUCAUGAAUAAUAAUUCAGAGAAAGUGACGGAUUGGAGGGCUCUUGACAAGUUUGUUGCGUCCCAGUUGAGUCAAGAUCAGGAGAGAUGUGAUCAGAGAGAUAAUAAUAUUAAUGGAGUUUCUUCAAGCUUUGGAGUUCAUCAUAGCUCUGACAUGGCGGAUAUGUUGAUGCUGUUGCAGAGUAGUAGGGGGGAAGGCAGCAGCAGGUUGAAUGGGUUCUUGAGUGCUUCAAGCUCCGACUGUGAUUUUGGAAUUUGCAUAUUUGAUAAAUGAGCAUCACAAGGGAAGGAAAUUAAGGGGAGUUGUUGAUGAAAUUAAGAGAUUAUUAUUAAUAUUGGUGUUAAUUACUUAUAAUAUAAUGUUUAAUAUUGUUGGUGGAUAUAUAUAUCAUAGGGCACAUGUGUCUUAUAAAAA